CCUGUACCACCUUUGUUGCUUCAUCGAGUGCCAAUUUGCAAACAUAUCGAAAUACCUGCCCUUCCAUUUUUGAUUUCCGUUCCUUUUUUCCGGGGUUCCCCUGGCAGUGACUCAUCCUCGUGGUGCUGCAAUUUUUGUCCAAUCCUUGUCCUCAUAGCCCCUUCACACCACCAUGGAGUCCACAAGGCUUGUUUCACGACUGCAACGGAUGUAUUCCAGGUUUGGAAUACAUACUUCUACCCGGUCGGGGGUGCAGUCAAGUUCACGAGCCAGUCUUCCUCUUCCCUCCCAGCGUGUCUCCUUUGUUCCAUCACGACAAGCCGCCUGCUUCUCGACCACCAAGCCACCAGCGUGUGCUAAUACAGACGCAGACCGCUUCACCUCUGCUCUGCACCAGAACAAAGACUGGGCAGCACAGAUCUCCAAGGAGGACCCCUCAUUGUUUCCGACGCUCGCGAACGGCCAGCAGCCCGAGAUCCUUUGGAUCGGCUGCUCUGAUUCCCGGUGCCCCGAAACCACUCUUCUUGGUCUUAAGCCGGGCGAUGUCUUUGUCCACCGCAACAUCGCCAACGUCCUGCACGCCGGCGACCUCAGUUCCUCUGCCGUGAUCGAGUACGCGGUCCGUUACCUGCGCGUCAACCAUGUAGUCCUCUGCGGUCACACCAGCUGCGGCGGUGUCGCCGCGGCCCUGGGUAACAAACAGUUGGGAAUUCUGGACCCCUGGUUGCUGCCCCUGCGCCAGCUCCGGGCGAAGAACCUGGAUCUGCUGAACUCGCUGCCGGCUGACCAGGCGAACCUUAAGCUGGUCGAGCUGAAUGUCUUGGAGGGAGUCAAGCUGUUGAAGGAGAAGAGCGUGGUGUUGGAGGCGAUCCAGGAACGUGGGCUGCAGGUUCAUGGGCUGAUUUAUGAUGUCGGAAGCGGUGUUCUCCGGGAGUUGGACACGGACGAGUCGGAGGAGGCGAUCAAGGCGCGGCUCACAUCGUUCAAGACGGAUGUUUAGGAAGGAGAAGGGGGUUUUAUUUGGGAGUCAGUUCGGGUCGGGUUCCAGUUCAUCUGUUGUUUUUUUCUUGUGUUAUUGUAAUCAGCGAACGGCAAGUGUUAGCCAAUGUCGAUGCAUUUUCAU